AUGCUUUUGCACGCAGGUGACUGUUCAAGAGACCACCAAAGGAUUGUGGUGCAAUCCCCUGAUACUGAAGUUGCAGCUCUCUGUGUUUAUGCAUGUAACAUGAUCAAUACCCAGCAGUUAUGGUUUCGUACUGGUGUUAAAGACAAACUUCGUUUCCUACCAGUACACCGUCUAGCGGAGAAGCUAGGUGAGGAUCUCUGCCGUCUUAUUCCCUCGUUCCACGCAUUGACAGGAUGUGACUCAACUAGCGCGCUGUAUCAAAUUGGAAAGCGAAAGGCCUGGAAAGCUUUAUUACAAACAAAGGAUGUGUAUGUAGAUCUGGCGGGCUUAGGUGACAACGUACCACCACUUCAAAGUGUAGCAAAGACGGCUGAGGCGUUCAUAAGCUCUUUGUAUGCCAUCCCAUCAAGAGCUGGUACAACAGCAGAUGAUGUAAGGUAUACUCAUGGUCAAAUCAUUAAUUUUAUGUAACUUAUUAGUUAAAGUGCAUGUCAACAGCAAAAAAAAAUCCUUCCCUCAAAAUGCUUUUGUGUUUUCUAGGUACUGGGUGUUCUGUCAGAGAAAACAGAAAAACAAUGGACUGCCGCCUACCUCUGACAGUCUCCAGCUGCACAUUCAGCGUGCCAAUUACCAAGCAAUGAUUUGGAAGCGAUGUCUGCAAGCCUUUCAGCAAUUACCACAGCCAAUGGGAAAUGGGUGGGAUAAGGGUGAUGACGGCUCCCUGAUGCCCCUUCUAAUGACCAGGGAUGCUGCCCCAAAGGGAUUAGCAGAGCUCACUGUC